AGUCUAAAAAAGAAACGAAACACGCCCCCUCUUCUUAAUUUCUCCGUAACCAAAAUGAAUUUAUCCAGUCUAAAAGAGUUCUUGCCGACCCCCGCCGCCGCCGCCGUUGACUCCGGCCGACUAGCCGAGCUCCAGGCCUUCGAGAAAUCCAAGGCCGGCGUCAAAGGCCUAGUCGAUUCCGGCAUCCAAACCGUCCCGAGAAUCUUCAUCAGGCCGCCGGAAGAUCGCGCCGGCGACCCCAUCCAGGGCGGCGAUUGGGAGGUCCCGGUGAUCGACCUGACCGGAAUCGAAUCCGAUCGGCGCCGGAAAAUCGUGAGCGACGUGGGAGAGGCGUCGAGGGAGUGGGGAUUCUUCCAGGUGGUGAACCACGGAAUUCCGGCGGAGGUCCUGGAGCUUAUGCUGGGCGGAGUCCGGGAGUUCCACGAGCAGGAGACGGAGAAGAAGACGGCGCUUCACUCACGGGAUAUGAUGCAGCAAGUGAAGUAUUCGAGCAACAUAGAUCUGUAUCGAUCGCGAGCCGCCAAUUGGAGGGACACGUUGACCGUAUCGUUGACCAUGUCCGAUCAGAUCCAGCCCCAUCUCUUGCCCCAAGUUUGCAGAGAUUCAACCCUCGAUUAUAUCGAUCAUGUAAAAAAAUUAGCAGAUAUUUUAUUCGAACUCUUGUCCGAAGCUCUAGGUCUCGAACGAGGCCACCUAGGAGCUCUAGGAUGCAAUCAAGGGCGCGUUGUCCUUUGCCACUACUACCCGCCCUGUCCUGAACCCGAAUUCACAUUAGGGACAAGCUCACAUACCGAUCCCUCGUUUUUAACAAUUCUCUUACAAGAUCAACUUGGCGGUCUCCAAGUCCUCCACGACAAAAAAUACAUAAAUGUUCAACCCGUGUCUGGAAGCUUGGUUGUCAACAUUGGCGACAUGUUGCAAAUAAUUUCAAACGACGAGUUCAUUAGCGCAGAUCAUAGAGUAAUUGCUAACAAAAUUGGGCCAAGAAUAUCGGUUGCAUCAUUCUUCAGUGGUGAGAGUAGGUCGGGAAAAAUAUAUGCUCCCUUACCCAAUAAGCAACCGCGAUACAAAGAGUUCACCGUGAGAGAUUAUAUAAUAAAGUUCACUCAGCGACCCAUUGAAAAAUCUGGACUCGAUGAAUUUAGAUUGCCUGAAGAGUAGAGAAACUUGUGUGGAUUAUGGCAUGCUUUGUAAGAUUCCGACAAUAUGAUUUUAUUUUUCUUGCAAAUUUACGCAAUGCAUUUAAUAAAAAGAUUUUAUAAAUGUUGUUCUUUUGA